CUACGAAGGUCUCUACGUUGGAGCACGUGAAGAAAAAUCUGUAAAGUGGAGUUGCGCCAAGUUCAUGGAAGGUGCGUGUGGGAUCUGUCCAGUCACGACAAUUUUUAGCCUCAGUCAUCUGUGGAGUCUUCAGCGAGAGACACAUCAAUUUCUGCUCUUCCAAAUUCGCCUGUGCAGUGAGUGUGAGAAGUGUGAUAUUUCUCCAAAAAAAAAAAAAGUUUAAAAAAUAACGCAAAUAACAUUCUCGGUUGUGGAUAAUGUAUGAGCAAGACAGUGUUGAAUGUGGGUUACUCACCUAAUUUUCUCCAUAAUCUUAAUCUCAUCUAGAGAGAUUUUCUUUUAGUGGCUGGAUAUGCUUAUAAAGUUAGAGAAGUUCAUAUUUAAUGCUCUUUAACAUGCACUUUUGCACCUAUUUCUUUUUUUAAUAUUAUAAUAUAGUUGAAAUUUUCGGCGCGAUUGGAAGCAAAAUUUGCUCAUGAGCGACUGAAGAGAAAAUCCUUGACCCUUUAUUCGCCAUUGCUUUGGGAAGAAAAAAAGGGCAUAUAAUAUUAUUUUCUUGGCACCAUGCAAACGAUUUUUAUCUGCUGCAGUGCUUGUCGCAAUUGUUUUUCCCUCAACAAAUGGACUGAUCUGGAAGAUGCUGUGUAAAACGUGCUCUGGGUCUUAGCUUUUUUUUUCAUUGCGAAAGAGCUCGCUAGAAAAAAAAAAGAUAAUGAGACACAAUCUCAUGGGAAAAUUGACGAAUUGGCUGGUGCUUUGUUUUUAGAGGCACUUGUGAUACCAAUACAAUCUUAGGAAUUGUUAUCGAGUGAGCGAAGAUGAUAAAAAUGUCUAAAAUAUUUACAAUUGACAACAAUACAAUCAGCCGAACUAUUCCUGCCAAUCCGCGGAAUGGCCAGCGAGACAGAGCGUGAUCCAGGAGUUUCUGUCCAGCAGCAGGGCCCAAGGUACUAUCUCAAGAGUGCCACAAAUGGUCGCGGAGGCCUAAAUGUCUACGUCAGCAACAGACGGAGUAGCUUCUGUGAACAGCAGCAACGCGAUGCACAAAAUUCCUUCAGUGUUCGCGAAUUUCUCAAGUCCAAACUCUUUGUGAGCAUCCUAAUUGUCGGAGCAGUUUUUAUCACACUCAUCUGUAUCGGAUUGGUGGUGAUGUACGAACGAGAUGGCAACGUCACACAGACCAUAGAUGUGUGGCGAGACAAAUUAACUCCAGAGCAAUUGAUAUGGUUUGACUCAGGGCUCGAUGAGCUGAAGAAAGCUCUCACUGUUCCCAUAAAUACCAAACGGGCGAAAAAUGUGAUCUUGUUCAUAGGGGAUGGAAUGGGGCCGGUUUCUGUAACAGCCGGUCGAAUAUUUAAGCAUGGUGAAGGUGGAAAAUUGUCAUGGGAAGAUUUUCCACACAUGGGUCUACUCAAGACAUACACCAUGGAUAAACAAGUGCCAGACUCAGCUUCAACAGCAACAGCACUUUUUGGGGGAGUAAAGUCCAACUAUGGGACCAAUGGAGUCGAUGCAGGAGUACUCAGAGGUGAUUGCUACUCUUCCCUCAAUAAAUCUCAUCAUGUUGAAUCUAUUCUGCAUUGGGCACAGAAGGCAGGGAAGGGUACGGGAUUUGUCACUACGACACGUGUGACUCAUGCCACUCCGGCUAGUUUAUUUGCAAAUGUACCAGAACGUGGUUGGGAGUGUGAUGCAACAAUGCCGGAGGAAGCUAAGAACCUGGGGUGCUUGGAUAUUGGUCGACAACUGGUAGAGGAAGAGCCAGGACAGAAGAUGAAUGUGAUAAUGGGAGGAGGGAGACAGUGCCUAGUGUCUGGAGUGGAAGAUACUCCAGAGGAUCCAAUUGAUACGUGGUCGUGCAAUUCGAAAGAUGGUCGGAAUCUUAUUGAAAAGUGGAAGGCAGAUAAAAUGGAAAAGGAGCAAUCAUUUGCUGUCCUUCAGAACAAUUCGGAUCUGGUCAAUCUCGAUGUAUCUAAUGAAUUUGUAUUGGGAGUCUUUGCAAAUGGGCAUCUGGCAUAUGAUCAUGAGAGGGAUAAAAGUGAUUCUGGAAUGCCAUCUUUGGAGGAAAUGACCACGGCAGCUCUAAGGGUGCUCAGGAAGCAUCAAAAGGGCUUCUUUUUGGUCGUUGAAGGUGGAAUGAUUGAUCAGGCUCAUCAUAGGGGUUGGGCAAAGACAGCUCUGUCAGAAUUGUCUGCCAUGGAUGAUGCUGUAGCUGCCACGGUGAAGUUGAUGACUCGAGAAUUGGAAGAGACUCUGAUCAUCGUUACAUCAGAUCAUGCUCAUACACUUUCAAUGAAUGGCUAUCCAGAUAAAGGGAAUAGUAUUUUCGGGGUGGCUCAGAAUUCCAAGGCCGAUGGGAUUCCCUAUACGACUCUGACGUACGGUACUGGUGGUCCAGAUGGAUUCCAAGUGGAAGUUGACAGUCAGGGAAAGGUGCAUAGGCGGGAUCCUACUCUUGACAACCUCGAGGACUAUAAAUAUGUCCAGCAAGUGGGAAUUGCUACUGAUGAAAAUAUCCAUGGAGGAGUUGAUGUAGCUGUUCAUGCCACUGGUCCCAUGGCUCAUCUCUUCCACUGUGUUCAUGAGAACUCAUAUGUAGCUCAUGUUAUUUCUUAUGCAGCCAGAAUUGGCAGAUUUCGUGAUAGUUCCGCAGCUGGUGCAUUUUUUGAUCUUCUAGGAUUGUCCUACUAAAUUUACAAUAUUUAAUAAAUAAAUAGAUUUUUUUCUCUGUGUUGGCAAAAA